CGGGGGACUUUAUCGUGGACGGACUGUCAAAAUGACAUGGUGGUAAACACAGUAAGUGAGCUGCAAAAAGUGUCCGUCAGAUGAUCUCACAGCCACCUGAUGGGGAAAAAGAACAUGAAUAAUAAAGCCGAUUUUGACUUGACAUCCUCCAACACCUGAAUAUUUCAGUCCAAGCACAAGGACUUAACUGUUUCUAUCUGGCAAAGCCACAGAGUUUGCCACCCAAAUUGGCUGGAUUCAGGGAGUCCCAGGCUGUUGGAAGUCCUGGAAUAAAGCCGCAGCAUCUUUCCCCAGAGAGGUAUUGUACUUUCCGUUCAGAGCAGGAGGCACAGCAUUAAAAAGACAGACUGUAACCCUGGACGAAGGCUGUGUCCUAAGGGGGAGAGCAAGACUCUGCUUCUGUCAGCAGUUUGUGAAGGCUGCGUGCUGCUCGGAUCUUCCUGUUUUCUGGACUUACCUAAAAGACAUGGAUUCAAUCAGCUGAGUGCUAUUGUAUUUCACAGACAUGCGGAUGCUAACAGGGAUUUUGUGCGCAUUCUGGAAGAUCAUUCAGUUGUGAGAUUUCUCACUCAGUGGAGAGAGCAGCCAUGGAAGGUCUUGCACAGCUUGACAUGGUUGGUGAUAUCAGCCCGGCUCUGGAGGCCACAGAGGACUUUAUCCACUGCAUGGACGAGAUCCACGACCAAGGCCCGAGCAAAGAUCAAACAGGAAACCUCCAGUCUUCCAGGCCCCCCAAGCAGCUCCAGGAGGUAUCCAAUGCACCGUUGGGGAAGCUGAGCUCCAGCGGUGUGUGGGGGCUGCUGGCUGGUGAACAGCCCGAAGUGGGGCCUUUAGGUCUGGCCUGGGCUGACAACUUUAGUGUACUAGGGCUGGGGAUGGGCCUGAGGCAUGGGAAGAGGAGCCGAGCGAGAUCCACCAACGACCUAGCAGCACACACCAAGGAGUGCACAAACAACGCCACCAACUCCUCAUCCAACUCAGCAUUUAAGAAGGGGCACAACCGAUCCAGGUCAGAUGUUAACUACAGGCCUUCAGCUUACACGGACAAUGGGCUGCCCACCGUGGACUGCAACACUCUGAAGAACAUGAUCCUCAACCACCAGCAAGAGGCCAAUAAAAGCAGCAGUAGCACAAUGGUUAAGCACGGUGCGAUGGAGCAGCGUGAGGGACCCCGGGGCCGUUGGACAGCCUGCCAUGUCGAGCUGACACCUUGCGAGCUCCGUCUCUACACUCUGGACAGCAGCGCCAACCGCCAGCUGGGAACCGCCUACUCCCUGUCACACUGCCAGAGCGUCAUCUCGCCGGCUCCCUGCAGCCAGCCGGGCCAGAUCACCCAACCCGCUGAUCAACGCACGCUGCAGGCUUUGUUCUUCAAUAGCACACGACUCCAGCUGAGGGCGGGCAGCCAAUGGGAGGCGAUGGAGUGGAGGCGGUUGAUGUGGGAGAAGGUGCAGGCGGUCAGACCUGUGAGGCAGGAGAACCGGCAGCGCAAGAGCGGAUCAGAAAACCAACAGGUUGUCAAGUUUCCUGUACCAAUGUCACCCUCCUCAUCGCCCUCUCCUUCUGGGCUAGACACCCGGCCUGAUGGAGACAGCGACACCCCCACCUCAGCAGAGGCGUCACUCUCUCAACAGUCGACUCCUGGCGUCCUGAGCAGGCCGACCACCCUCCCUCUCUUCACCCAGCGCUGCCAGGAUGUCCUCAAGGCUGGCCUCCUUCACAAGCUGGUGGAUCAGAACAACUGGAGAGCCUUCACCUUCGUCCUGACCAGGUCUGCUCUACGGGCCUUUGCAACGGAGGGCCGAGGCUCCGUGUCCCAGCCUAUGCUCCAGUACUCCCUGUCCUCCUGCUCAGCCGUGCAGCAUGAUCAAGAGCCCGAGAACAGAGAGGAAUGGACAGAAAGAGGCGACUGCUUCCAGGUAGUUUUCCCAAAAGAGGUGCUCCGACUACGGGCAGAUGAUCCGAUCAAGGCUCAGGAAUGGGUCGAGGCCCUGCAGGGCGCAGUCGGAGCGCUGAGACCUGCCCAGGAAGAAGACGGAGGAUCAGGAGAAGGAGCUCCAGGCCUCCAGGGGGUGCUGCUGAGAUCAAAACCAUCCAGAGAGAGGAGGCAGCGAGAGGCCCAGAGAGCCAAGAGGCAGUCUGUCACCACCAGUUUCCUCAGCAUCCUCACCUGUCUGGCUGUGGAGAAGGGGCUCACUGCUCAGAGCUUCAGAUGUGCAGGUUGUCAGCGUCCUGUCGGUCUCUCCAGAGGGAAGGCGAAGGUCUGCUACUACAGCGGCUGGUACUACUGUCAGAACUGCCAUCAGGAUAAUUCCUUCCUCAUCCCAGCACGCCUGCUCCAUAACUGGGACACCAGCAAGCACAAGGUGUCUAAACAGGCCAAGGAGUUCCUGGAGUUUGUGUACGAGGAGCCUCUGCUGGAUGUCCAGCAGCUCAACCCGUGUUUGUACGAGCACUGUGAGGCUCUCAGUACCGUGCUGCGUCUCCGUCAGCAGCUCCAGUCACUGCGGGCCUACCUGUUCAGCUGCAGAGCGACCAUAGCUGAGGACCUCAGACGAAGGAUCUUUCCCAGGGAAUACCUUCUACAGCACAUCCACCUGUACUCCAUGGCUGACCUGCAGCAGGUGAUCGAUGGAAAACUGGCUCCCUUCCUUGCAAAAGUGAUCAAGUUUGCCAGCUCUCAUGUUUUCAGCUGCAGUCUGUGUCGAGAGAAAGGUUUCAUCUGUGAGCUCUGCCACAACGGACAGGUCAUCUACCCCUUCCAGGAGAGUGCUACCAAGAGGUGUGAAGGCUGCGGUGCAGUUUUCCACACCGAGUGUCGACAGAAAGCUCAGCCGUGUCCUCGCUGCGUCCGACGCGAACUCCACCACAAGAGACCGUCCUCCUUCUGGUCACCUGACGACGACAGCCCUGGGUGUUUUCACCUGCCCUACCAAGACACCUGAGACAAACAUGCACAUGUGGACGCAGGGAGAAUGAGAGCGCUGCCAGGCCGUCACUAUGGACAAAAGUGCCCUUUUUCUCUGAUUUGAGCGUCUUGGGGACAAAUUCAGGAUGAGCUUGGACAGCAGAUGCUUCGUCAGGUUUGUGUUUUUGUGGACUAAUUGAAACCCCCCCCCCCCGCCACCUUUGUUGUACUGUAAAGAGCAGGGAAACAAACAACUGGAGAACAGCUGCACAAUGCUUUACAGACUGAUCUACGUGUAUUUUGUAAUCACACAUCACACUUACAAACCAUCAUCUUCAUCUUCCUCCCUUACCAUCAACAUCUGUUUCCGGUUGAAGGGGUUAAAUGUGUCACAUCACAGAUGAUCAAGUGGAAAAACUCAGAUUAAAGCAGCGUCUUAAACCUGCCUCAAAAGUCACAUCCUAAUUUAAUCUGGAAACAGUUAAUGGACAUAAGAUUAAUUUACUUACUUUUCAAUGUCUCCCCCGAUUCUAGCCUCUCUUUUUCAGGUUUAGAUUGCUUAACAAACACAAAAAAAUAACAAGUCUUCAGUGUCUCUGGGUACACUUGAUGGAUUGUUCUCUUUGUUUACAUUCUACAUUUAGGGAAAAAUAUGUUAUAUAAAUGAAAAUGUAGCGGUGAAGGGAAGUUUUACAAAAGUUUGUAGUUUACUUCUUUACAUAGGAGCAGCUGUGCGGAUAAACUCGGCUUGACAACUGUUAUGAUUAUUCAAACAUCUUCAACAAGUUUAUGCUUACAGUCAGUGAGCUCUCAGCCCACAGUAACACUCAGUUGACCCACAGUCCAUCAGUCAUGCCUCCUGUGUCCACUUAAAUGAGGAGUCUUCUCAACAAACCAGCUCUCCACAAGGUUUAUUUACUAAUCAGUAUACCACUGUUGUCUUUGAAUCCAAGAUUAUUAUCUAAUAAGGGUGAAAAGCUGUUGAAAAGUGACACCUCCAGCCUGGUUUACGUCACUAUGUAACCCGGCACACUAUGAGAAGUGAGGUAGCAGCUUGUAUUACACAAGAAAUGAUGCUGAAUUUAUGGCAGUGCCAGAUCGUGUUUAAUGGAUGCUUUUGGGGUCAUAUCAUCAGGAUUAGGAUCAACGGUGUUUUUCUAUUAUUUUUCCAUUUAACAAAGAGAUGCAACUCCUUAAUACAACAAAAAUUCAGUACAAAUGUGGGCAGUUUAAGUUGAUUUGAAAAAAUAUGGAUUGCAUUUCUUUGUCUUUAUACCAGCAGAUACUGCUUUCUGCUUGUGUUGUCUCUUUUUCUUGAUAAACUCUUAUUUUAAAACUCCAAACAUAUCACAGCAGCCUAUGAUUGUAAAGAAGAAAACUACAAACAUGUUACUGUAAUAUUCAGGUUUAAUGAGGGAAUGUUUGGUUUAAUUACGGGUUGAAUAGGACUGUUACAUUGGGAUGUUUUACCAAAUAAAAACAUUAAAACACUCAUCAUUUAUAUGUAAGUGUAGAGAUGCCUCCAUUAUGAUCUCAUUCUCUUAUUCCUUAUAUUGAAUUUAACUAAUAGAAGUGGAAAGAAAGAUGUGUUAAAAUCACUGACUUCACUCAUGUUUUAUAAAUGUGACUUUUGUUCUGAAGGGACUCGGUCCGUCUGUCUGAGCACAUCAGUCUUACUGUAAAAUAACAGGCAAUAAUCUACUGUAACUCAUUCUUUCAUUGUUGCCUUCUCCCUCCUCUCUUCCUCUGUGAUUCUUCUUCCUGUUGUGCUUUAUUCAUGCAGAAUCUAUCAAACAUGAUAGCAGCUUUAGCUUUUAGUAUUUCUAUGCAACCUAGAUGGCCUUUUCUAACCCAUGGCUCUCAUAUGUAAAGGUCCGACACAUUUUAGUUUACAUGUUCCUCUCAACACCAGAUACACAAGACGGGUUUCUAUCCUGUUUAUGGCACAUUUUACAAAAGUUUAAGCCAGAUUUAUAACUGUCACCUGAACUUAGCCAACACUCAGUCUCAUAGGUGUUCAAAUGUUCAAAGAGAACAGAAUAAUUUUCACAAUUUGAACAAAUUCUGCAAAUUUUUAUGUAAGAAAAGUUCAUAUUUGGUUUGGUCUACAGUUUUGAGUUGUGAUUUCCAAAAAUACUCUUGAUUCAUAAUACUAAGAAGGUCAUUUUGACAGUUUUUAACAAUUUUUUAUUGUUUCUACAAGCAAAAGAAGAAAAUGAUCCAAUUCGGCAUGAAAUUUUUGAGGAUGAAAAUAAUAUAAACGCCUUAAAGCUGCACUCCAUGAUGUCACAAGAAAACCAGAAAGACUACUUCCAGUUUUACAAACAGUACAAUUUGCACAGCAACCUUUGAGAACAUUUUUGCUGGAGUUUAAAGCUCCUGUCAGGAACUUUUGAGCUCUGAUAUUUUCGGCGCCCCCUAUGGACAAAGCAGAAAGAUAAAUCCCUUUGCUGUUUUUAUCCUGUUUAUGUUUAAGUAGGGUUUACAACCAACAAUCUCAUCCCGUUUGGCUUGGAAAUUUUAAUUUAAGCUAUUUCUGCUGCCCAACAGGAUUUAGAGAUGGUUGAAAUAAUAAGUAGACAUGAUUUAUCCUCUCUGGUGGUCUGGUUUGCUUUUUAGGUCACAGAGAAGCAUCAGUGUUCAUUUUGGUCUGUUUUAAAACUAGUUUAAAAAAAAUUGUCACAGUAGAAAUGGGUGUUAAUAUGGUAAUACUAGGGCUGUCAAGAUUAAUCGCAUUAGUCGCAAUUUGCUACAAUCCACAACUAAUGCACUUUUUUGAAAAAAUCAUGAUUGAUUGCAGGUUUUAUUGUCGUUUUCCAAAACCUUUGGUUAAGCCAGGUCAGCGUCUCCCUGCAGCCACAGUGAUGUAAAAUAAGUCUACCACUGCUCCUUAAUGUCUCAUUUCACUUUAAAAACUCACAGACAGCUCAGUGGACAAGUCAGAUGUCAUCUGAACCAUUUUUUUUUAAUGUAGCAUUUACCUUUUUACUGUUCACUUAUUUCCUUCUCAGUCCAUAUGUUAUUUUUUUCUAUGGUUUAAUUUGUGUCAAAAUCUUCAGUCCAGCUAUAAAAGCAGGUCUGUAUCCAAACUGAAAGUCUGUUACCCUUAGUAUAAGACAGUAGAAAAAUCUAUAAAUAGGGUGCGAUUAAUCGUGAUUAACUACAGAAAUUAAGAGGUUAAUCAGGAUUUUUAAAAAAAUAAUUUUGACAGCCCAAGAUAAUACCAGUCUUUAUCUGCUUAGAAGCACACGGAGCAUUACCUCACAUUCUUAGAUACUGAACGAUAAUAGCUGUGGAUUUUUAUUUUCAUAUUUCCUUGUAGCGAUGGGGGUAAAGAGGAAAGGGAGACAGAGGAUCCCAUGACCCUGAUAAAAUUCUGCUUACCUGUGAGGUGUGAAAACAAUGCUUCAACUAUAAAUCACUUCCAGCAUUCCUGUACUCAACGUCUUUUUCAUUUAGACUCAGGGCAUUUUGUUAAAGGAUGAAAAAAAGCACAUGCAGAGGUGUACACUCUGCUCGCUGCGUAACAUAAUAUGGUUUUUAAACACUUCGUGGUAAUGCCAUGCACCUUGGUAAAAUGUGGGGAAAGUUGACGAUAAUAAAAAAACCCUUACCACCCAAUCCUACAACUAAAAAAUUGUUCUGUUUGGCUUUGAAAAACUAAAUAAAGCUAUUUCUGCAGCCUGAUGUUAAUCUCAUCUGACACCUACCCCCAACAGGACUUAUAGAUGAAUAAAAUAAUAACUAAUUAGAUAUGAUCAUUCCUCUCUGGUGGUCUGGUUGGCUUUUUUUGGUCACAAAGAAGCAUUAGUGUUAAUUUUGGUCUGUUUCAUAACCAGCUAAAAAAGUCUCACAGGAGCUUUAAUGUCAUAACCAAGUUGUGGAUGGCAGCUUUAAAGGGGAACAUGGCAGAAUUUGUAACAAUUGGAUUAAAAUGUAGCUGCUUAUUUUCUUUCACUUUUCAGCAAGACUAAUUUUUUUAUUCAGUGUUAAUUUUUUACUCAUCAGUCUAGCAGGGAUGUAACGAUCCUCACAGUAUAUUUAAAAACAGCACAGAUAUGGGCAAUUUAAAUCAAGUUGUAUUUUCAACCAGCGGAGGGAACCAUUUGCCUUUGGUUUCUCUUUUAUGACACAUGCUAAAUGAAGAGACUGAAAACAUAAAAGAACUGCACUUAUUGAUUUAUUACUGUAAAAAUGUGGUAAUAGUGAAAAAUCAAGAUCAUCGUACAUACUCUGUUUCGAGUUGAGUGUAUCGUUACAUCCUGACUCUGUGAUCUUCAUCUCCUCUCAGCUUGUUUGAGCCAUAAAGAACACGUUUCACCUUGAAGGGAAUAAGCUGCUGUAGUUUGGCACAGAAAACACUCAGUUCUACAUUUAAUAGGGAAAAUAUUUUAUUUUUAAGAGCAGAUAUUAGCCUCUGAAGUAUUCAUGUUAAUGAAGCAUGUAGGAAAAUGAAGACUGAAACUAAAUAACCCAGUGUUGUUUAAAUAUGAUAGGACAAGUGCACUGAUGUGUCAAAUUUUGUUUGAAUUUUGAUCUCUUUUUGUUUAAGUUAUAGGUGCCUGCUGCUUAAAACAACUUUGGUACAAGUAUUAAUUGUAUAUUUUCUGUGUGAAAUUUAUGUUUUUUGCUUUGUUUUUACUUUUGUUGUUGUUGAUCAUGCUGUGUGAUUAUGUUUUAUGGAGCCUGGCAGGUUUUAUUUAAAAAAUAAAAUCUUGUUUUUUUUGUGCAUAUGAAUUAGAUUUCUGCCAAAAUAUCAAACUGAAAACUGUCAUAGACAAACAAGACUGAGAAUGGAGUCCUGAAUAUUUUCAGAAUAACCUUUAAGCAUCUUGUUAGACCUAGUUUAAAGUAAAUUUGUCUAAAUUUUCCUGCUGUAAGUUGCAGUUAAUGAUUAAUUUUUUGUAUUAGAUAAUUUAUAGAUUAGUUUACCUAAAAAAAUCAAAUUUAAGUGUCCUUGUUUAAUUUAUUUUUAUUUUUGAAAUAAGCCACUUUAAAUAGCCAAGUCCAGAAAAUACAUCUUGUAAAGAUAAAAAUAGACAAGUUACAAGUAAUAAAGCUUAUUUUUUUGUGUUUUAUAAUAAAAUUUUCACCAUGAUUUGGCAGGUAAAUAUGCUUAACAGUAAGUGUAAUGAGAUUUUUAGAGCAGAAAUAAGGAAAUAAAAUCACUUGGAUUUUAUUUUUUUGUACUGUGGCGUGCGAUUUUCUUAUUUAUCAUUUUUAAAUUAUUUAAACUAUAAUUAAACAUGAAACAACAUGUCUCUUAACUGUUUUGGACCAAUAGUUACUGUCAGGACAUGAAAUUGGUGACUGUUGUUUAAGAAACUUAAUAAUUCUUUUAGAACUCAAAAAAAUACAUAAAAAAUUAAAUAGAAAUGAACUCCAGUACCUGCUGGGCUCUUCAUUUGCCUCUUUAAUGAUCUGAGAUGUUUGUAUUUGAUCACUUUAAACCUUACUGAUUUAUUUUUUCCUUCAUUUUUCUUUCAAAUAGCAUGGGACUUUGUGUUUAAAACAUAUGUUUCUAUUUUGUGCUCCUUUUCAGUUUUGUCCUUUUCAGUCCCAUCUUGAUUGGGAAGCUGAAAUAUCAACGGAAGCAGUUUCUUGUUUAUGUUCAUUCUUUAUUAUUAUUAUUUUUAUUUGUUUCUAACAGAUCUUAGAGUGAUGACUGAAAAUGUGUAUUAGUGAUAAAUAUCACUGAUGUAGUUGUUUAUGUUGCAGGCACAUUAUGUUCAUGGCAGUAUGUUUGGAGAAUAUAUUGUAUAGUAUUUAAACAGAGGAACUAGAUUGAGAUUUGUCUCUGCUUUGCACUUUUUAAGUUAUUUUUAACAGUGAUCCUUUUCAUGGCAGCCAAACUUUUAUGCAAAUACAGGGAAUUGAUUUUCUGAUGACUUUGUUUGUUUUUGUUCAUGUAUGUCCGCUAGCCACUGAUGCCAAUAAAGACCAUCUUCUUAA